ACAUGGAUUCUUCGGGAGCGGGGAAGAAGAUGACGGAGAUACAGAUUGGUAUUCUUACAGUCAGUGACAGGUGCUACAGAAAUGAGGCGAUUGAUGAAAGCUGUAAGAACCUGUUUGUAUUAAUUCAGGACAAAAAAGUAAUCCCGGGCCGUGUGAUGGUGACUAAGAUUGUCCCGGAUGAGGAGGAACAGAUCAAGUCUACGCUGGUCGAGUGGAGUGAUAAACGGAGAAUGGACCUCAUAUUGACCACAGGAGGGACAGGGUUCUCCCCCCGAGAUGUCACACCCGAGGCCACCAAGUCAGUCCUUGAGAAAGAAGCCUUAGGUAUGACCUUGGCCAUGUUGAAACAGUCUCUAGAGGUCACACCAUUAGCUAUGCUGUCCAGGUUGGUCUGUGGAAUACGAGGCGGUACACUCAUAAUCAAUCUGCCAGGAAGUGCCAAAGCUUCCGAGGAAUGUCUACGAUUUGUUUGUCCAGGGAUUCCCCAUGCUAUUGAUCUACUCAGGGACAAAACAGAGGAAAUUCAGACUACCCACACUGACCUUCAGUCAAGGGGAGUGGAGAUUCCUACUGCAGUGAAGGGAAAAGGCUCCCAAAACGAAACAAUAGGUGUUUGUCGGCGGGAGGUGGAGAAAUCGUUGGAUAAUCGAAUUCAGAAAACUCCAUUUUAUCGAACACGACCUCAAAGAAAAAUAAAGUACUCACCUAAAUCCAACACAAUAUCUGUUAUCAACUUAGACCGGAAGGAAACUUUUACGACUGAGUUGUCGAAAAAACGCGACUCGUACGCCCCCGCCGACCAAAAUCGGCGUGAUGUUUAUGGCAUGGGUGUAGAGAGUGUCAUUAACAACACGGUUGAUGACACAACUUCUAGUAAAAAUACGUCAUUUCCUGAGCGGGAAACGGAAGUCCAAGAGGAAGCUCUUACUGAGCGCCCUCUUUCGUCUCUGGGUUCGAUAAGGAGUCUUGAUUUUAUGGGAAGUUUGCCAGAUCUGACAAAUGACGAAUUCCUUGUUGCUGGACCUCCAAGUGUGCAGAGCAUUCGAGUGGAAAGUCCAGCAAAUAGUUUGAUAAAUGUUAGAACCCAUGAAGCGAGUAUAUCAAUGUUAGAAAGACCUGUGCCGCCCUCAUUUGCAAUUCCUAAAAUCCCAUCAGUGGACGAAGCGAAGAAUGUUGCGCAAAGGAUCAUGGGAAAGGACAUUUCGUCGUGUUUCGAACCGAUAGAGAAGAACCGGAUGGACUUUUUUGAGUCCGAUUCCGAUGAUGACAUCGAUAUAUCGUCUCAAAGAGACCAUUCUGACGGAGAGUCUACUAUACCCUACGCAGACGAAAGCGAAGAUGACGUCACUCAUGACGACCAGGAAACUCAAACAGAUGAUUCCAAUAUCUACGAUUUUGACAACGAGGCUGAUAUAAUGAGUCCACCUGCUAAAAUUGUUAAACGGAGCAUGUCACAGACCCGAAGGAUAAGGAAACGGAUGGACAAGAGAUUUGGAUUUUUAGGCGCCAAGCUUCACAAGUCAUCAAUGUAUGGUGAGGUAAACUUUGUUGAAGUUGGUGUAAAAGUGGGAGAAUUUCUAAAAGAACAUCCCCUUAUACAAGGUAUAUAUCUCAACAAAGGGAAAAGAGCCGUUAAAAAAAAUUACGUCACUUUGUGUCGCCAGAAGGGUGUGAAGGAAAACACAAAGUUGACAUGGAAGCGAGGAACUCAAAAACAGGCACGGAACAGCUUAGACGACUAUUUUGAAUACACAGAGGAGGGACAGGCCCGGAAAUCCAAGAUAGACCGGAAGUUAGUUCGGGACGAAUAUGUGGUCAGUUGGUACAUGUGGUGUCCAGGUCAUGGCAACUGUGUGCGGAAGUGCGGGGGGCGUGGCAAAUGUAUCCCAGGAUGCCGAGGCAUGCAACAUAAACAGGACCGCCAUAAUUGUAAAGUGAUGCUCAUAUUUAAGUUAUUUCUCAGCGACCUGACGAGAUGGCGGGUGCAGAUCACGGGACUUCACGUUCCCAAAGACAGCAUAUGGCGACCAUCACUGGACCAGGAUAGCUGGGAUGGAUUAUCUCUAGAACGGCCGCGCAAAAUUCCAGUGGGAACAUUUCGAGAAAGUCCUACAACCGAUGAUUACCAGGUACUCAAAGGAAACGGGUCACAUAAUGAAAAAGGGAACAAGAAUCAAAUCUCUAGUCAACAGACAGAGAAAGGCAAUGUCCAGAAUUCUUUGUCAAGUUUGAACAGUGGUGUUCAAGAAAAGGGAGAGAAUCCUACUGUCAAUGUCUCACAGGUGGCGCAGUCAGUCAUGUUUGCUUCCGUCUCCCAGGACGGAGACAUAUUUUCGGAAAGUUCUAGUCAGGUUAUAGGCCUCUCACCAAGCCUACUUCCUGAACCAAUCACGGAAGCCGAGGCAAAUCAGAAGAUCAUGGAAUGGAUUACUGAGUCUGAACCAACCGGAAACGAUUCUUCCAUUCCUAGGUUACCGACCUUCGAUCAGCAGUGACGUCAUUGAUAGUCAUAAUAGGUAGAAGUGCCUCAAUUACCAGUGUUAUCUAAUUCAUAUUUACUCAAACUAAAAAAAAAAAUUGUGCCAUAAUUUUUUUAAAUGUUAACGAAAGUGAUAGUUUGUGUGCCAUAUUUAUUUUAAUAUUUACGAAAAUAAUGUUUUGUGCCACACUUUUGUUUUGAUCAAAAUAUUAUAGUAUUUGGUGUCAUAACUCUUUAAAAAUGAAGUAAAUUAUUUGGGAAAGAGUUUCUUAGCAAUCAAAUGAAUAAAUAAACGCUGCUGCUUUAUCCUGAUACCUUCACUGAUAAUUUUAUGACCUAAUUUUGUGAAAGAAAUGAACGAAUUAUGCUUCUGUAUCACUGACCAACGUACAUGUAAAUCUUGUCAUGCAUACGUAUAUAUCGUGUCUGUUGACAAAAGUGUAACCUAAUAUUUAUUGGACCAAUACUGUCUUUGAAUUUGAAGCUAAUUAACCGUCCAUUUAUUUUUAUAUGCAAAAUAAAUGAGCUUCAUAUAUCAUUUGAUUAUUUUCCGGUGAACAUCAUUUUACUUAUGUACAACUACAACUAGAUUUUUAGUUUUCAGUAUCUAGAAAAUGUAGAUUUUUAGAUCUGCUAAGGUUGAUCGCCACACAUUGUGUGAUGUAGCGAAUCAAAUAUUUGAUUUAAUCAGAUUGGAUGAACAUUUGUUUUACCCGCCUUAACAUUGCCUGAACCUUUAUAAAUUUUUUCUGUUUGUUAAUUGAUAUGCAAUUAAAUCAAAUAAUUUUAUUUUGAUUUUUUUUUUCAUUUGGAUAUUUUUUUGGAAAUAUUUGAUAUAAUUAUCUAUAGAUGUUGCAUUAACUAUAUUGCUUUUUGAUUAAUUAAGUCUGAUAUAAUGAUGUGGUUAUAUUGUUAAAAUACCGUACAUUGUUACACUCCUGAAUCUGCAAGUCAGUGGUUCUGAUUGACAGAUGCUGUUUCUGAUACAUGUAUGUAUUAUAAAUGUUUCAGUAUGUGUCAGAACGUGUCAAUACUUGUCAGUAUGUGUCAGUAUGCGUCAGUAUGUGUCAGUAUUGAAUUGUUACGAUCCUGAAAUUGCCAAAAAUGUUAUAAACUAGAAAAACAGUACGCACUGUACAUGUAUCAAUUUAUUGUCAAAUCUACCGGUAUUUUAACAGCAAUGUAUGCGUUCUGAUGUUUAUUCUAACAAUUUGCAUUAAUUCAAUUAAAGGUAUUUAAUUGA